UCAGCCCCUCUGGUGGCCAUGCAGUGCAGUUGUAACAAGACCUGCAGUAUGGUGUAUGAAGAGUGUAAUGAAGAUAACUGUGAGAUGGGCUGCUACUGUCCUGAGGGAACCUACAGGGAUGGGUCCAGGUGUAUCCCAGAGACUGAGUGUCCAUGUGUCUACCAGGGCAAGACAUAUGCUUCUGGUGGGAGGUGGCUGGCCAAUGAGUGCACACUGUGCCUCUGUAGCGAUCGCCUAGCCUUCUGCACAAAGAAGUGUGACAAGACAUGUGCAGAGGAUGAAGAGCUGAUCAACCCCUCAGGGAGCCAAUGCUGCUAUUGCCAAUCUCUGCCAUCAGAAACCACUGUCACUGCCACGACUCCCAUCCCCACCACUCCCAUCUCAUCCGAGGCAGUCACCACGGUUACAGCCACAACAGAGAUCCCCGCAUCUACACCGGAACCAUGCAGCGGCUGUUAUGUACAGGGAGAAUGCUUGGAGGUUGGUAGUGUGUGGAGAUCCGACCCCUGCACCACCUGUGAAUGUGAGUCCCAGGGUAACACAGAGUGUACCACCAUCGAGUGUGCCAUCCCGGUGUGUGAGGACGGCAUGAAACUCGUGUACAAACCCGAGCAGUGCUGCCCCGUGUGCGACGAACACUGCCCGGGACAGUUCCCCUGUAACUACACCGACUGUAUCCCGCUGUCGUGGGAGUGCGAUGGAAAGGCGGACUGUGACAACGGCGCUGAUGAGGCAUUCUGUGAGACAGAGAUUCCGCCAACACCUGCACCAGUGUGCCAGUAUCCCUACGCUACCUCAGACUGUAAACAGUGUCUUGAGAAGGUGUGUCAUGACCUGAAGGACACAUGCCAGCCCAUGGGGGAGGGGUGUUGCGAGUGCAGCGGGAAAUCUGUCUUCAACGGCAGCCAGUGUGUGGACCCCAUCGACUGCACCUGUCUGGACGAUGAGGGCAUUGUCAGAAUGCCCAAAGAGACCUGGGUGGCCAGCCCCUGUACAGAGUGUGCCUGUUUCGACAACAGGGUGGAGUGUGAGAGUACAGUGGACUGUGCUGCUGUCUACUGUGAUGAGGCCACACAAGUAAGGACCAGGAUGACCGGAGAGUGCUGUGACCGCUGUGUGUGUAGAGGGUUUGACUGUGGUGAUGGUCAGUGCCUGACCACUGAUGACCAAAAGUGCAAUGGUGUCAUUGACUGUGCAAAUGGAAGUGAUGAGGAAGAUUGUGAAGGAGUUUAUACGACUGUGAAACCAGAGCUGGCAACCACACCAUUCUCUGAGCUGACCACAGAGAAGUUUGCUUCAACCACUACUGAACCUUCAGCACCAGGGACAGAGCCUACAGCUCCCUACCCCUGUGAGGGCGAGUGGACAGAAUGGAUGAACUCCUUCUAUCCUGAUGUCAUGUCUGGUGGAGAUUAUGAGACAUUCAAGAACCUGAGGAAGAAAUAUGACUUCUGCGGGCCUGAAAUGAUCACAAAUAUUCAGUGCCGCGUGGACAGUGCUUUGGAGAUGGACUACACCAGGACUGGCCAGGAUGUGACCUGUGACAUCCACCAGGGUCUGGUUUGUGAGAACUCCAAGCAGCGUGGAUUCCUGCCUUUCUGCUACAACUACAAGGUCAGGGUGUUCUGUGAGUGUGGUGGGGAGACUACAACAUCAGAGGGCCUUACCACUGGCAAGCCAUAUGAGAUGACAACAGGUAAGCCUACAGAAACCUACACCACAGGCAAGCCUUCAGAAACUUACACCACUGGCAAGCCAUCUGAGAUGACCACAGGCAAGCCUGCAGAAACCUACACCACAGGCAAGCCUUCAGAAACCUACACCACAGGAACGCCAUCUGAGAUCACCACUGGCAAGCCUUCUGAGAUGACCACUGGUGAGCCUUCAGAAACCUACACCACAGGCAAGCCUUCUGAGAUGACCACAGGCAAACCCUCUGAGAUCUACACCACAGGCAAGCCUUCUGAGAUGACCACAGGCAAGCCAUCGGAGAUGACCACAGGCAAGCCUUCAGAGACCUACACCACUAGCAAGCCCUCUGAGAUGACCUCAGGCAAGCCUUCAGAAACCUACACCACAGGCAAGCCUUCUGAGAUGACCACAGGAAAGCCAUCUGAGAUGACCACUGGCAAGCCAUCAGAGAUGACUACAGGCAAACCCUCAGAGACCUACACCACAGGCAAGCCCUCAGAAACCCACACCACAGGCAAACCUUCUGAGAUUACUACAAGCAGUUCAUCUGAGAUUACUACUAGCAAGCAAUUCGAGAUUACUACAGGCAAGCCAUCAGAAGUCUUCACUACAGGCAAACCAUCAGAGAUGACCACAGGCAAGCCAUCAGAAGUCUACACCACAGGUGAGCCUUCAGAAGUCUACACCACAGGCAAGCCCUCUGGGGUGACUACUGGUGAGCCUUCAGAAGUCUACACCACUGGCAAGUCUUCUGAGAUGACCACAGGCAAGCCCUCAGAAGUCCACACCACAGGAGAGUAUAUCUCCACCACUACUGAACCUUCAGCACCAGGGACUGAGCCUACAACUCCCUACCCCUGUGAGGGCGAGUGGACAGAAUGGAUGAACUCUUUCUAUCCUGAUGUUGUCUCUGGUGGAGAUUAUGAAACUUUCGACAACUUGAGGAAGAAAUAUGACUUCUGCGGGCCUGAGAUGAUUACAAACAUUGAAUGUCGUGUGGACAGUGGUUUGGAGAUGGACUACACCAGGACUGGCCAGGAUGUGACCUGUGACAUCCACCAGGGUCUGGUUUGUGAGAACUCCAAGCAGCGUGGAUUCCUGCCUUUCUGCUACAACUACAAGGUCAGGGUGUUCUGUGAGUGUGGUGGGGAGACUACAACAUCAGAGGGGCUUACCACUGGCAAGCCAUCUGAGAUGACCACAGGCAAGCCUUCAGAAACCUACACCACAGCCAAGCCUUCAGAAACCUACACCACAGGCAAGCCUUCAGAAACCUACACCACAGGCAAGCCAUCUGAGAUGACCACAGGGAAACCUUCAGAAGUCUACACCACUGGCAAGCCAUUUGAGGCCACAACUGGAAGUCUAAGUGAAUCUGUUACCACUGUUGCUGAGGGAACAACUGCCAUGCCUCGUAGAACCUGUUUGUGGGAGUGCAAGUGCCUGGUUGGUUGUGAUGGGAACGUGGCAGCAGAGUGUCCACGUAUCGCAGGCUGUAACUACUGCGCCUGUCCUGACCCUGCUAUGGAGAAGGUCGGUGGAAGGUGUGUCAUCAGGCCAUCAUACGAGGAGUGCGUGCUGACCACAACAAGGGGCCCUGAAGGAACAACACAUGGUCCAAAUGAGAAAUACACCACAGGACCAUACAUGCCUGGACACACCACUGGUCCAUAUGUGCCUGGACACACCACUGGUCCAUAUGUGCCUGGUCACACCACUGGUCCAUAUGUGCCUGGUCACACCACUGGAAAACCAGGCACCACUGGUCCAUACAUGCCUGGUCACACCACUGGUCCAUACAUGCCUGAACACACCACCGGUCCAUAUGUGCCUGGACACACCACUGGUCCAUAUGUGCCUGGACACACCACUGGUCCAAACGUGCCUGGACACACCACUGGAAAACCAGGCACCACUGGUCCAUAUGUGCCUGAACACAGCACUAGAAAACCAGGCACAACUGGUCCAUAUAUGCCUGAACACAGCACCAGUCAGCCACUAGAAACUACUACUCCCUACAGGAAACGUGAAUGCUCUCCCAAGUGCGACUGUAAGAUCGGUUGUGAUGGAAGUGUAGCCCACUGUCAGGCCAUCUCUGGCUGCUCUGCCAGCGCCUGUCUUUGCACAGAAUACACCAGCGGUCGUGCCUUUGGAAGGUGUCUGCGACUUCCAGACGUAGAGGACUGUCAGGCUACUACAGAGAGCCCCAUCGUCACAACACUGAGAUCUGAAAGUACAGAAGGACUUGAGACUACUCAAGGACCAUCUGUAACUGGAAGACCGUUGACAACACAGGAGUCAAGUGCCACGGAGAAACCAAGCGUGACAGAGAAGCCACAUGCUACAGAAAAGCCAACUGGCACUGAAAAGCCAAGUGCUACUGAACCAAGUGCUACAGAAAAGCCAAGCGGGACAGAAGGACCAAGUGCUACAGAGCCAACCAGGACAGAAAAGCCAAGUGCUACAGAGCCAACUGGAACAGAAGGACCAAGUGCUACAGAGUCAACUGGCACAGAAGGACCAAGUUCUACAGAGACAACCGAGACAGAAGGACCAAGUGCUGCAGAGCCAACCGGGACAGAAAAGCCAAGUGCUACAGAGCCAACUGGGACAGAGAAGCCAAGUGCUACAGAGCCAACUGGGACAGAGAAGCCUAGUGCUACAGAGCCAACCGGGACAGAAGGACCAAGUGCCACAGAGCUACCUGGGACAGAAGGACCAAGUGCUACAGAGCCAACUGGGACAGAGAAGCCAAGUGCUACAGAGAAGCCAACCGGGACAGAGAAGCCAAGUGGUACAGAGCCAAACGGGACAGAGAAGCCAAGUGGUACAGAGCCAACCGGGACAGAGAAGCCAAGUGCUACAGAGCCAACUGGGACAGACAAGCCAAGUGCUACAGAGCCAACUGGGACAGAAGGACCAAGUGCUACAGAGUCAAGUGGCACAGAAGAACCAAGUGCUACAGAGCCAACCGAGACAGAAGGACAAGUGCUACAGAGCCAACCGGGACAGAAGGACCAAGUGCUACAGAAGCCAACCGGGACAGAAAAGCCAGUUGCUACAGAGGCAACAGGGACAGUAGAACCCACAAAGAAGCCAUCCAAAACAGAGCAGCCCCAUGUGGAACCGACCAAAUCCUACCCCUGUGAGGGCGAGUGGACAGAGUGGAUGAACUCCUUCUAUCCUAAUGUCAUCUCUGGUGGAGACUUUGAGACGUUGGACAACCUGAGAGAGAAGUUUGACUUCUGUGGGCCUGAGAUGAUCACAAACAUUGAGUGUCGUGUGGACAGUGGUUUGGAGAUGGACUACACCAGGACUGGCCAGGAUGUGACCUGUGACAUCCACCAGGGUCUGGUUUGUGAGAACUCCAAGCAGCGUGGAUUCCUGCCUUUCUGCUACGACUACAAGGUCAGGGUGUUCUGUGAGUGUGGUGGGGAGACUACAACAUCAGAGGGGCUUACCACUGUCAAGCCAUCUGAGAUGAACACAGGAAAGCCAUCUGAGAUGACCACAGGAAAGCCAUCUGAGAUGACCACAGGCAAGCCAUCUGAGAUGACUACAGGGAAACCUUCAGAGACCUACACCACAGGGAAACCUAUGUACGAGGGAACUACAACUUCCUCUGUCCCAACGACAACAAGGAGAAGGAGAGUGUGUGAGUCAAAGUGCAGCUGUACUAUGGGCUGUGAUGGUAACACUGGAGACUGUGAGCCCCUGCCUGAGUGUGACCUGUUCUGCAUCUGUACUGACCUGACUGAUGACAGGGCCAACGGACGUUGUGCCAGGCAACCAGCAGAUGGAACCUGCAUUGAAGAGACUACUCCAGCUUUUGUCGGAACCACUUCCUUGCCAUAUUCUGGAAAGACAACAAAGCCCGUCAUGCCACAUACAACUGGCCACCUCAGAACCACCGGACAUCCAGAGCACAGCACUGGUCACCCAGAGUACAGCACAGGCAGCCCUGAACACACAGGACACCCAGAGCAAGCCUGA